CCAGCGGCCGUCCGUACAUUUACCUUACGUCCUCGUAAGGGCGAGGUGCGGGAGGGUGGUUGCGCGGAACGGAAUCUGUGUCGCGCCGGGUCGGUCGCGGCCCACCGCCGUCUCCGGGAUCGCGCGCUCUCAUCAGUGUCCACCCAGCCCCGUUGCUCGGCGGAGGCCGCCGAGCGCCGUCUCCACCCACGCGUCUUCAUUUCGAGUCGCGCGUCGCGAUUCCAUCGCGGCGGGCACCCCGCGUGUCGUUCCUUGGAAUCCUCGCGCGCCAUACACUGCCUACACAACCCCGUACGGGGUCGAUAACCCACGAGGAGGCUUGGACUCUUAUCCCGAGUACGUUGUACUUGCUCUGGAAAAGUCACAGUGGAUCAUCACGAUUUCAAUCCUUUCGCAUUCCUGAUAGCGCCGUAUGCGCAGAGAUUUCAGUGACCAACGAUUCUGCGGACCAACCGAGAUUCUCUGUGAUAUUUUGUCGAAUAGUUUUACGUGAAAAUUCAAUAUCAGCAGCGAUUUACGUUUAUUAACGGUGCGCGGGAUCAAACAGCAGUACUUGCCAAGGUAAUCGCAGUGCAACGAUGUUCAAUCUCUAUCAGAGCCUAAACAAGAAGGAUGACGGUGACGGGCAGCGGAAUCGCGAAUCGGAGGUGACCGGUCAUGACAGAUUCUGUCAGCAUCGUACUGGUCAUUCGAGCACUCGUCGCCGCCGCCGUGCCGUCAAUCGCAGGACGCAGAGUGCCACCGAGCUGAACGCCAGGGCGAUGAGCACGGCACGGGGUUCGUUGCGACGAGGUCGCAGCGUGAGUACGGAGGAUGAGAACGAGAGCGAGGAUGACAAGGGCCAUCAGCUGGCGAACAAGCUGGACAAUCUGGCGCGGCUACUCUUCAGCCGCGUGUCGGCAGCGCGGGGAUACAAGGAUCAGGGAGACGUCAAGAACGGUCGUUACACGGCAUUGAAUCACGGGUCGAAAUCUGUCAGCGAGGAUGGAGUCGAGUACAUGGAAAUGGAGAAGAGAUCCCGCGAUCGUGCUUUAUCAAUUUGCCGUGACUACAUCGGGAAAACUCCACGUUUUGUUCUCAUUAAGCAGCUCAACAACAUCGGAUCGAGAGUAGAUAAGUAUUGGUUCAUGGUGAGGGACACGUCGCUGAAGACGGACAGACUGUUGACUUUGGUACCAUUAAAUCGAAACUGUCCGCUGACUGCCUGUCCCUCUACUAAAGACAUCUUGAACAAUCUAUUCCUGGCCUUACAACAUCCCUACAUCUGUCCUGUCUUUCAUGUCGAUUUUCUUGAAUAUGAGGACCAAACAUAUAUCGUCCUGGUGCAACCUAUCAACCAGGGUAGCCUCAAGGAUCUAAUAUACGGCAUCGAGCGAAAUUGCUGGAACGAGGACUGGAUUCACAAGUAUGCUGCACGAGGCAAGGGACUCAAACUACCACAAGUGCAACGGAUGGGACGACAGAUAUUAGAAGCGUUAGUGUUCCUGAAGGAACGGGGAUUUCCUACAGUGACUCAUCUUCACUCGGGCAAUGUGGUGAUUCAAAACGGCGUUGCGAGACUGGCUGGUCUAGAGAAUACACUUCUAGGCUUUACCAGUCGCAUACAUCCCAUCGUGACGUCCCGAUUAACACAUUCCACGAUUGAUAUUAUAUGUUUCGGGCAUAUACUAUUCGAAAUGUGCGCCGGCUACGAAUUAUGUACCUUUAGACCAUCUGCCGUCCAGCUAUCAGACAUCGAAAUGUAUCCGCAGGUCGUGAGAUUUCUCGAGCUGAUAUUCACGGAAUCGGAAACUCGUUUCACUAGUAUAGAGGAAUUGCUGAUCCACGACCUUUUUAGGAAUAUCGAUCUCCGUGAGAUGCGAUGCGCGGCUGUAACUGUAUUUCGUCCGACCCUGACACCUUCCAUAAUGAGCUUGCUCGACGGUAUUAAACGACAAGAUGCUGGAAAAGGAAUUACGAGUAUCAACAGCGAGGACAGUGUAUCGCUGAACAGCUUCGACGGAUCCUUACUCACGCAGAUAUACAACGAGCUUUCACAAACAGCUUUAUAAUGUGGGAACAAAGUCUAAUAUAUACAUAGUCAUAUAUAUACGUAUAUUUUAUCUUGAAAAAAAAAUGCACGUUCCUAUUAUAUUUGCAAAGUGCCAAGAAAACCCGUCGCUAAUUCUAUCAUAUAUUAUAAUAUAUAAAGGGCAUGUUAUAGGAUUUGUACAAUAAUAAUAUUAAGAUUAU